AUGGCUGUAGGCAUAGUCUUUUACGUUGUUGGGAAGCUCGUGGAAUACACAAUCGAUCCAAUUUUGUGCCAAUUCAAGUAUAUGUUUUGCUACAAAACCAAAAUUCUAACUUUGAUGGAUAAGGUAAAAGAUCUUGAAAUUAAGGAAUCUGACGUGCAACAAUUGGUUGUUGAAGUAGAAAGAAAUGCAGAAGCUAUUAAACCAGGUACUAAAGAUUGGCUACAAAAGGUUGAUGACUUAAAGAAACAGGCAUAUGAAGUUUUGGAAGGUACAACAAAUUCUGAAAUGAAAGCCACAAAGAAGACUGUUGAGGUUGAUAAGCUCCUAGUGGAAGGGGCUUUCGAAACGAGGAUAUCAACUAAAAAGAAAAUCAUAGAAGCUUUAAAGGACAAAGAUGUCAGCAUAAUUGGUAUCUGUGGCAUGCCAGGAGUAGGUAAGACUACAAUGGCAAAUGAAAUAGCUAAUGAAGUCAAAGUUGACAAAUUAUUUAAUGAGGUUGCAAUCGCAGUUGCAUCUCAAGAUCCAGAUGUAACUAAAAUUCAGGAUCAACUUGCUGAUAUGCUCGGCUUUAAAAUUGAAGAGAAGACUAAUAAAAUUGUGAGAGAUGGAUGA